AUGCGAAACAUCCGCAAAAAUCUCAGGUUCGUCUCAAUUCUUCACUCUUGUAAUUCUACCUUUCACUGUUCUCUCUUCUUCUCCAACACCCCACCUUCAAGUUCAGCCACACCCCUUCUUUCCCCUCCCCGCUUGGCAAGCUAUUUGCUUUUCUCAUUUGGGUGUUCAACUCUUUGUUUCCCCCAUCACCCUUUUACGGUUUCUUCAACUUUUCGCUCUAAUGUUGAUAAUGGGCACUCGCGCUUCAAUCUUAAUUUGCACUUUCGUACUCGCAUGUAUUUUUGUACGCGUACGUGUACUCCUUUCUGGGGUAGGCCUCUUGCUACUUCAGAGCAGGUUUCUCAAAUCAUUGCGCUGAUUCGUGAGGAUGGGGAUGAUUUGGUAACCAAGUUGAAUAGUAUGAACGUGUGUUUGUCUGAUGCGUCAGUUGUUGACAUUUUUCAGAUAUUAGCCAGUGAAAGAGUGUCGGCAUUGCAGUUCUUUGAUUGGCUUAAAGGUUCCGAUCCUGAUAUUUGUUGUGAUCCGGAUAUAGGUUGCUUGUUUGUUAAUAACUGUGGGUUGUUGGGGAAUUAUGAGGCAAUGGUUCCCGUUUUGCGUGAAUUUAGCCUUAAAAGGAUGUUUUUGGGAAUGAAGGCUUUUGGGUUUUUGCUGGAUUUAGGUUUGGACAAGACUUCUAGUAUGAAAUGUGUGAAAAAGAUUAUGACCGUGUUCAAUGAGGAUCGUUUGAGAUAG